UUGCUGACCUGAUGGGAAGGGCUGCCCGGCCAGACUUGGACUCAUCUGCGCAGCGAUGCGGUUAAGGACUCCAAACAGAUUGGUUCGGAUUUUUGUGAUCGUCCUGUGAGUGGAUUCCUGCCAUGGCGACACUCUGAGCUUCAUCCCCACUGAGCUCCUUCCCUCAGUCCGCUCAGCCGGUUGCAAAGAGGUUUCUCCCCGGUGCAAGAGCAUGAUCGACGUAUACAUCCCGUCAGUGGGGCAUCAGGUGUACAAGUCCGACAAGACUCACACUGUCUUCAGAGUGGAUGUUUUGUUCAAUGGGCGCAGACAUACACUGGACAGACGCUAUAGUGAAUUUCAUGCACUUCAUAAACUGCUGAAGAAGACUUGCAAAGUACCAGACUUUCCACCAAAACGAGUCCCAAAUUGGAUGCCCAAAGUUCAGGAACAGAGGAGACAGGGACUAGAGGCCUAUAUACAGGGAGUAUUGUGGUACAACACAGAUGUUCCAAAGGAACUGCUAGAUUUUCUGAAAGUCAGACACUUCCAUAAAGACAAAAAGAACUGCAACUUGGGAUCUUUAAGAGACCUCACAGCAGAGGAAAGAUCACCAUUAUUACACAAAGCCGUUGUGGGGUUUUACAAGGACAAUUAUAUAUUACCACCAGAGACAGAUAUCCUAGAGAACAGUGUUUUAUGUGGAGUGCUGCAGGGUGUUUACCAGUGGCAGGAUCACAAGCAUCGUCCCACAGUCAACAGACAACCCCCUGCUACUACGCAAGUUUUUGAAGCCCAAAAGCCACAACACUGACAGAACAAUAUUACUAGUGCUAAAGCAGUUGUUCUAUGCCCCCUUUACAGGAUUGUGUAUGUUUUCAUUUAAAUGACUGUGCGUACUAGUGUGCAUUUGUACAGUGUGUAUUAUGAUGUGGGAUGUGUUCCUCAGAUCUUGCAAUCUGCAUGCUAAACAGGCUUUGGGCUGUAAAGUUAACCUCUCCUGCAGGCCUUAAACACUGGUAUGACAUUCUAUAGGGUCUGCCCUUCAUCAUGGUUUCUCAUCUGUUUUUUUUCAACUAAGAAGAAACGUGUUCUAUUGUUACAUGUGACUUUCAACUACCCUAGUUUUACUAUUAAUUGGAAGGCUGCCAUCUGGUAAUAGAAACAUUCUUAGCUAUUAAAAGUAAAAUGACUGUAAGAGAUGGAAAGUCACAAGAAGAUCUUCCAAAAUCCAGCAGAAGAGCAAUGAGAUGGACUCUGAAAUAGGUCAUGAAGCUUAUUAAAAAUAAAAGCAAUCUACCAAACACUGGAAAGAAGCAGUGGGAAAAGCUAAAUGUGUACCUUUAUUCUUCAUUGGCAGCAUGGAAGACUAUUAUCUGUUAUUUGCUACUGGUAGGAAGGUAGAAGACAAUGUAUUGUUCCUUAUAUUUUUUAAUGUAUCAAUAUCUAUUUGAAGCCUGUUGGAUAAAGUUUUCAAACAUA